GGUGCUGCAAGCAGGGUGGAUUUCUGAGCUCAGGAAAGUGAAACUAACCCAGUAACAGUGUCCAGAGGGAGCCAUGGCCGCAGAGAACCCUGUGGACCGUCUCCAGGAUGAAGCUAGCUGCCCUAUCUGUGGGAAGUAUUUUAAAGACCCAGUGGUUAUAGACUGUGGGCACAGUUUCUGCCGAGCCUGCAUCAGCCAGUGCUGGGAGGGUCUGGAUACAAGCUUCUCCUGUCCUCAGUGCAGAGAAACCAUUCAGCAGAGAAACCUGAGGCCGAACCGGCCCCUGGCGAAUGUCCUAGAACUAGCCAAACGGCUGAGUCUACAGGCGAUGAAGGUUGCAGGAGGGGAGAGAGCGUGUGGUGAGCACCGGGAGCCUCUCAAACUGUUCUGUGAAGAGGACCAAACCCCGAUCUGCGUGGUGUGUGACAGAUCCCGGGCUCACAGAGUUCACACGGUAGUUCCCAUAGAGGAGGCUGCCCAAGAGUACAAGGGAAAGAUUCGGGCCCAUUUGGAGACUCUGAGGGAAGAGAGAGAGAAGCUGCUGGGAUUUAAAAUGACUGGCGAGGGGAAAAGCCAGGAGUACCUGCUACAGACACAAACCGAGAGGCAGAAGAUUGUGGCUGAAUUUCAGCAACUGAGGAAGUUCCUGGAGGAACAAGAGCGACGUCUGCUGGCCCAGCUGGAAAACCUGGAAAAGGAGAUUGGGAAGAUACAGAAUGAAAAUAUCACUAAACUCUCUGAGGGGAUUUCCUGUCUCAGUGAUCUGAUUAUUGAGAUGGAGGGGAAGUGUCAGAAGCCAGCGAGUGAAUUCCUGCAGGAUGUCAGACGCACCUUGAGCAGGUGUGAGAUUGGGAAGUUCCAGAAGCCAGUGGAGCUUUCUGCUGAGCUGGAAAAGAGAUUCAGCGAUUUCUCCCAGAAAAAUGUUGCUCUACCUGAGACUAUGAAGAAGUUCAAAGACAUGCUGCGCUCUGAACUGGAGGUAAAAAGAGGGAAACCCCUGGGAUCAGACAGACCAGCGAAUGUGACUCUGGAUCCAGAUACGGCUCAUCCCGAACUCGUCCUGUCUGAGGAUCGGAAAAGUGUGAGAUGGGGAGACACGUGGCAGGAUCUGCCCGACAAUCCUGAGAGAUUUGACACUGAUCCCUGUGUGCUGGGCUAUGAAGGAUUCACCUCAGGGAUACAUUCCUGGGAGGUGGAGGUGGGGGAUGGAUUGUUCUGGGCUGUGGGGGUGGCCAGAGAGUCUGUGAAGAGGAAGGAAGGGAUCAGUUAUAACCCGGAGGGUGGGAUCUGGGCAGUGGAGCAGUGUUGGUGGGGUCAGUACCAGGCUCUCACCUCCCCUGUGACCCCCCUGCCCCUGAGCUGGGUCCCCAGGAGGAUCCGGGUGUCACUGGACUAUGAACGUGGGCAGGUGACAUUUUUUGAUGCUGAUAACGAGACUCCGAUCUUUACUUUCCCACCAGCAUCUUUCAAUGGGGAGAGAAUCCGCCCCUGGCUCUCCGUGGGGUUGGAAACCCAGUUCAGGCUGUGUCCCUGAGACAUAGGGGGAAUAGUCCAGGGUGUAUACUGAAAUCAGCCUCUCUAGCCUCACACAUACUAGUCUCCAUGACCCUGGAGGCCACCAGUCUUCCUGAAGGCUUCUGGGGUUUCAGGUCCGGACUGUCAAACCACAGAGAUCAGGGAGUGCUGGAAGCAGAAAAAUCAAUCUCAUUGCCCCAUGGAUUGUACUGCCUGUUUGUCACUGUCCUCUGUGGUCCAGGAGGACUCUGGGGAUCCUGGGUCACUGAGAUAUUGGGGGAGUGGCCCUCUGGGAAUUAAAAAAAAAUAAAAUAAAGGGCUUCUCUAGCCACCAUCAUCCUAGUAUCUAUGACCCUGGAGGACUCUCAGUUGUCUAGCUGCCUGACUCAUCUUUAAAAAGAAAAGGAGUACCCGUGGCACCUUAGAGACUAACAAAUUUAUUAGAGCAUAAGCUUUCGUGAGCUACAUGCAUCCGAUGAAGUGAGCUGUAGCUCACGAAAGCUUAUGCUCUAAUAAAUUUGUUAGUCUCUAAGGUGCCACAAGUACUCCUUUUCUUUUUGAUCUUAAACCGGUGUCUAUUAUGGACAAUGAUUUGCCCGGGGAGGGUUUCUCCAAAUGCAUCCGAUGAAGUGAGCUGUAGCUCACGAAAGCUUAUGCUCUAAUAAAUUUGUUAGUCUCUAAGGUGCCACAAGUACUCCUUUUCUUUUUGAUCUUAAACCGGUGUCUAUUAUGGACAAUGAUUUGCCCGGGGAGGGUUUCUCCAAAUGCAUCCGAUGAAGUGAGCUGUAGCUCACGAAAGCUUAUGCUCUAAUAAAUUUGUUAGUCUCUAA